UUUGUUUCGAUAAACUUUUAUUUUUGGUUUGGCGGGUUCUUUGCGACCAGCUGAUCCCCUGACCCAACCGAUCGAAGAGAACUAAAGCAAGAUAGUUCUGAUGAUAUAUAAGUCAGUUACUGUCAAUCAUAUUAAGCAUGAUAUUUUAGAUGCUUCAGUUUAAAUACAACAGUUUGAGAAUAAGCGGAUAUAAACACAUUUAUCCAUGGAGAGGGCGCAUCCUUCACACUUAGCGCGUUCACUCACCGCUCCUAUCGCACUAUCGAUGGUAUCGACCAAACAGCUAAUUCUUGUAUUCAUCGCGCCAUUCAAAGUACCAAGAAUUUUGUAUUGUUUGCAACGCUUUUCAAGGACCCACCGGCGACCAUGAAGCGAUCCAAGGACGAGGACAAGGAGGAGUCGCCGGUCCAACCAACGACCCACAAUACCAGCACAAGCAGCAACGGCCACGACGCCAAAUCUCCAGUGGCCACCACUGCACCGGCGGCCACUUUAUCCGCAGCGGUUUCGGAUACUUCGGGUGCCGGAGCUUCCGUUCGCACCACUGGACGCGUCAAGAAACCCAAACAGGUAUACGAUCCAUCGGACAACUAUGUGUCCCGGGCCAGCAGCAACCGCAAUUCCCUUGGCGGAACUGCCGUGUCUUCAGCUCCGGCCACCUCCAAUAUCCAGUCACCACCAGCCAAAGAGGCCAGCGAUUCGCAGGACUCCACACCCAGUCCGGCCGUUUCUGAGCAACAGCAGCAGCAAGCGGCGCAGCAUCGCAACUUCGACACGUGCCAGAAGUGUGCCAAAAGCGAGCCCAAACGGGGAUCUGGCCAUAAGAGCAACUUCCUCACUUGCAAGGGCUGCAUGCAAAAAUGGCACUUUCCAUGUUUGCCGAUCACGUUUCACAAUCAGAGCACGGCGCGCAAGAAGUUCAAGUGCGACAAGUGUCGCUACUGCCAGGUGUGCAACGUGAGGGGGCGAGAUCUGACCAUUUGCAGCUCUUGCGUGGAGGCCUAUCACCCGGACUGCAAUGAUCCCACCCUCAAGCAGAGCAAAACCGUCGAUACCAAUCCAAAGUGGAAGUGCUUCCGCUGCGAGGCAAGUAAUAACGGCAACAACACGAGUCCACCCAGCGAGGAGCAAGUGGCGGGCAGAAAAUCCACUGCGGGCCGCGAGGACCAGCCAGUGGCGUCUAGGAAGUCGAAUGCGGGUCGCAAAAAGCGUGUCCAGUCCGAGCCCACUGGGCAGGAGAAGCCAGCGAAGAUUGAGAAGAUAGCGAAACGUAGUCCGCCCAUGAAAUCGGACGAGAAGAGUGUGAAAAAGGAAGAGAAGAAAGAGUACAAAAAGGAGGAGGAGCCGGAGGAAAUACAAGUCAAGGUGGAGAAGGUCGAACUGGUGGAGAUAGAGCCUAUGCAGAUUGAAGAUCAAGAUCAAGAUCAAGAUGAGAAUCAGCUUGAGCCGAAACAGGAGAUUCCGCCCUCACGUUUAACGCCAACCGCAGAUGUUGAUAGCUCAGCGGAGAUACAGGGCCAGCCUGUAUCCACCUGGUCCGUGGAACAGGUCGUCCACUUUGUUGCCAAGCACUAUCCAAAGGAGGCGAACGUGUUCCGCUACCAGGACAUUGACGGCGCCUCCCUGCUGCUGCUCACCCGCCAGGAUGUGAUGAACGGCUUCGGUCUGAAGCUGGGACCGGCGCUGCGCGUCUUCGAACUCGUGAUGUCCCUGCAGAGUCGAUCCGAUGACGUGAGACUCGCCUGGUUAGAGUAGCGUCCCCACCUCCUUAGCACCUAAGAUCAUGUACCACACUGUAUCUUUAAUCAAUACUCUCAUUUGGAGCCAUUGCACAUCCGUUCGUAACCACUAAAGCUUAUAUUAAGCCUACUGGCGGAUGGCUUUGCGCUUAAGUUUUUAAGAUGUUCUGUAAUCCCACACUUGCAAAGGCACAUACUUUGUAAAUGAUAUCUGCGGAAUUUGCAACAAACUAUGAUUUUUAUUAGAAUUUGUAUUUUUUUUUGUAAGGGUUAAAAGCGAAGGUUUCCUCUUUUUUAGAUGGAAAGUAAUCAAAAAAAGAGGUGAGCCAAGGCUCGUGGUCUUAACAUCAUUAAAAACCAUUUGGGACCGUCGCACUUAAAAGUUACUGGCAUUUUAGUGCGAUGAACUUAAAUUCUUUAAGAGGAAAUACUUAAGCACAUAGGCCUUUUUUUUUCCAAUAAAGCAACAA